UAACUUCAACUGAAAAUACAUAGAUUUGAUUAUAACUGAAGAGAAAGCUCCCAUUUUCCUUCUUCAUAUAUAAUGGGCCUUCCCUCCAUUGCUCUCCCAACUAAGCUAACGGUCAUAACUACCAUAACCGCCACUUCAACUCCCGAACUGCAAAGGAAAAACCACAAACCCCUAAACUCAACCUUCAAAUCCUUAUCCAAAUCAGGAAAAUUAGACGAAGCCCUUCAGCUAAUUGAAUUCCAGCAAUUCAGGAACCUCGAAGUCCAGUCCUGCACCACUUUUAUCCAUGCCUGCAUUUCCACAAAAUCAUUACAGCACGGCCAAAGGCUGUACAAGCACCUCCCCAGCACCCUCCUCAACAACCCCAUUGUAAAAUCUAAAUUCAUUACUCUUUUCUCCGUCUGUGGCCAGCUCGACGAGGCUCGACGAAUUUUUCAACAUGGGUUUCGGAUUGAUGACUUGCCCGAUUCAGUUUGGGUGGCUAUGGGCAUUGGGUACUCGAGAAAUGGGCUUUCCAAGGAAGCUCUGCUUCUUUAUUGUGAAAUGGUGUCCCGGGGCAUUAAGCCAGGAAAUUUUGCUCUUUCUGUGGCAGUUAAAGCUUGUUCAGACCUGCUAGAGUUAAGGGUGGGGAGAGCUGUUCAUGGUCAGAUUAUAAAGGCAACAAUGGAGCCUGAUCAAGUGGUGUACAAUUCUUUACUACGGCUGUAUACCGAGUGCGGGUGCUUUGACGAGGUGCUGAAGGUGUUUGAAGGAAUGCCACAGAGGAAUGUUGUGUCCUGGAACUCAAUCAUUAUGGGUUUUGUAAAGAGAGAGAACGUUUUCGGGGCACUUGAAACUUUUCGAAAAAUGCAGAGGGAAGGAGUGGGAUUUAGCUGGGUUAGUUUGACUACCAUUUUACCUGUCUGUGCUCGGGUUACUUCUACUUACUGUGGGAAAGAGAUUCACGCUCAGAUUGUGAAAUCGAGUAAAAUGCCAGAUGUUCUAGUUCUAAAUUCGCUUAUUGAUAUGUAUGCCAAAUGUGGGUUGGUAGAAUACUGUAGGAGAGUGUUUGACAGAAUCGAGUACAAGGAUUUAACAUCAUGGAACACUAUGUUGAAUGGAUAUGCUGUCAAUGGAGACAUGGAAAAAGCACACACUUUGUUUAACGAGAUGAUUGGUCGUGGAAUUUGUCCAGAUGAGGUAACAUGGGUUGCCCUGUUGUCGGGUUGUAGCCACAGAGGGCUUGUAGAUCAGGGGAAAGUAUUGUUUGAAAGAAUGGUUACAGAGUUUCAUAUUCAUCCCAAUUUAGAGCAUUAUGCUUGUUUGGUGGAUUUAUUGGGCAGAGCAGGGAGAAUUGAAGAGGCUCUAGAGAUAGUGAAAAGUAUGCCUGUGAAGCCAAGUGGUAGCAUUUGGGGUUCUUUGCUCAAUGCCUGCAGAAUUCAUGGCAAGAUCUCUCCUGUUGAUUUUAUAGCAAAGGAACUGUUGGAGAUUGAACCAGAUAAUCCAGGGAACUAUGUUAUGCUUUCCAAUAUUUAUGCAAAUGCAGGGAUGUGGAAGGGAGUUAACAAGAUGAGAGAGAUGAUGGAAAAGAGAGGCAUCAAGAAGGUGGCAGGAUGCAGCUGGAUGUAUGCUAAAAAUAGAAUACAUACUUUCGUGGCUGGUGGUGGGUUUGAAUUUCGCAAUUCAGAAGAGUAUAAGAAAGUUCAUGAUGAGUUAAUGAAAGCUUUGGAAGACGUUGGAUAUAGACCUGAUACACGUGUUGUUCUUCAUGACGUGGGUGAGGACUUGAAGGCAGAGUUGGUGUGUGGUCAUAGCGAAAAGAUAGCAACAAUAUUUGGGCUUAUUAAUUGUGGCUCUGCAAUGCCGAUCAGGAUCACCAAGAAUCUUCGUGUUUGUGCAGAUUGUCAUUCUUGGAUGAAAUAUGUUUCCAACGUAACAGGUAGGAAAAUAAGUUUGAGAGACACCAAUCGCUUCCACCACUUCGAUAAAGGGACAUGCUCUUGCAAUGAUUAUUGGUGAUUACAUUCUUCAUCCAGAGUAGUUCGCUCCUAUAUUCGGGGUGAUCCAAAGUCACGCCUAAUUACAGUUAAUGACCGUGCAACUCAAGUCCUAUGUGAUCCUUCUCCUACUAAACUGUGGGGAUGGGCAAAGGUACUAACAUUUCUGGAAAGAGAGGUUCUGAAAUUGAUAUGUGCAAGCCAUUUUCGCCGUUUCCCCCAAAAUACAAGUUGGCUUUAAAGAUGUUCUUGGAAUUGGAUUCUUAGUGCUGGAGUUCUGCAAAGAAGUUCUCUUGGGUCAGGGAAUUCAACAUUUUUGGGCUAGAGGAUGCAGUUUAAUGUCGAGGUAAUUUUCCAAAGCUGUUGGUAUUUAUUUCAAGUACUAGAUUAAUUAUGACAUACAAUCCCCAACUGGCUUGGUUCAAUAUGCAAAGCCCUUACAGAGGACAUGGGUGAAGACAUGUCAUAGCAUCAAAGGCAAUGGAGAAUGAUGGACUCAAUACAUACAAUUACUGCAACCUCAAUUCUUUCGCAGGCUUAUAUAAAAAUACAGGACGCAU